AUGGAAGCAGAAAACGAUAGCAAUGAAGACGAAGAAGUGAUUGAUCCAAUUACAAUAGCAGUAAAUGCUGGAGCUUCCCUAAGUGCUCCAGAAAGUGCUUUGAUAGCACGAAAGCGAAAAGUUCCGAUCAACAAAGGGAAGAACAAUCAAAGAGGAAGCGCCAAAACCACCAAUGUGAGUACAUGGGAUCGUCUGAAAGAGUUCCCAAAGCAACACUUUGCCGUGGUAAACGGAAAGCUUAGAUGCAAUGCUUGCAGUGAAGUUCUCGCUGAUAAGAAAAGUUCUAUUGAAAGACACACGAAAUCAAAGAAACAUGAGAAGGGCCUGGCUGAUAUUGAAAGAAAUAAAUCAGAACAGCAGUCCAUCAAAGAAUGCCUGCAGAAGAGGGCUAAACGGGAAAAUGCAAGUGGAUCAACGUUGCCUUCAGAUAUACAACUGUAUCGGUAUGAGCUUGUCGAGUCUGCUCUGUCGGGAGGAGUGGCUCUAUCGAAAGUGGAUGCUAUGCAUCCCUUUCUCGAGAAAUAUGGUCACAGGCUAACCAGUAGUGCCCACCUUAGUGAGCUUAUACCUGCUGUACUAGAGAAAGAAAAGGAGACUCUAAAAGAGGAGUUAAAGGUUGCAACGGAGGCUUCGGUCAUUUUUGACGGGACUGCCAGGUUGGGUGAGGCGUUGGCGAUCGUAGUGCGCUACAUACAGGAAGAUUUUAAGCCGACUCAGAGACUUGUACGUUUAGAGGUGCUCGCAAAGUCACUUAAGGGAGAGGAGUUGGCUCAAAGGCUGAUGUCAUGUUUGGCUGUGGACUAUAACUUUGGUCCAGGGGUAAUCAUUGGAGCGAUGCGAGAUGGUGCAGCAGUGAAUGGAGCUGCCUUGAGACAACUGAAGUUCUUUUAUGCAGACCUUUUUGACGUUGUAUGCUUUUCUCACACUUUAGACAAUGUUGGCUCUCAUUUUGAAUUCCAAGUCUUGGAUUCGUUUACCCGCUUUUGGAUAGGUUUCUUUUCCCACAGUUAUAAUGCCAGGCUUGUUUGGAGAGAGAAAACUGGGCAGUCAAUUCGUACCUUCAGUGACACACGGUGGUGGAGCAAAUGGGAGGUGCUUAAGCAAGUGUUGGACUUGUUUGCGGAUGUCGAGCCUUUCCUUCGCGAGAACGAGGAAAUUUGUCCAGCAAAUCGUCGGCAUCUCCUGGAAAUAUUUGAUAAUCCCCAAAGCUGUCAAAACCUAUGCUUGGAGUUGGCUGCUCUUAUCGAUGCCGGAGUGCAUUUUGUAAAUGCAACCUAUUACCUAGAAGGGGACGGACCUUUAAUUUUUUCUUGCUACGAGCGUCUUUCAGCUGUUGCACAGGCUGUUGCAGUCGAUCACUACCCUAAUACCGGUGCGGUUGCUCGUGAAAUUGCAAAUGGCAACGUUGCCAUCUACAAUCAGCUAAUGGCACAAGCAAAGGCUUGUAUUCGGCCCGGACUGAACUUUUACCAGCGCAAAUUCAGCGUACAGUUCCGUGACACAGUAAGAGCUUUUAAAGCAGCACGAUUCUGUUGCCCUGUACAGGUGCAAGCCCUACGUCCGACAUCAGCAUCACUGGAAGAGCUAAGGAAUUUCCCUUUCGUCAACAAUGACGCCACAAUAGCGAAUCUAGCGCAAGAGCUUCCUCUGUAUAUCGCUGCAGCUGAUGGGGUCACCGUCGCAUGCGAGGAGGACAAAGUCACUUGGUGGGCUGCUCACAGAGAUACCCUUCCACACUGGUGUGCACUUGUCAAGAAACUACUGCUGAUUCAACCAAGUUCUGCUGCGGCUGAAAGGGUUUUCAGUCUCCUUUCAAAUGCAUUUACGUCACAGCAAGAAUCUGCUCUGCAAGAUUACUUGGAAGCUUCUGUCAUGCUACGAUACAAUAAGGCAAAAAGAGUCUAACACUGUUGUACGAAAACUCUUAAUCAGUAGACAGACUCACAGAAAUAAGACUAAGAAUAUUCAAAUAUUAUGCACGUGAUAAAGCAUUUUUACGUUCGUCGUUCCAUGUGAAGUAACUUGAAAAAUAUUAUUGUUCUAUAUUCUAUCAACCUUUCGUAAUAAGUAACACACUAACAACCUGUCGAAUAAUACUACGCAAAAUAGAAUAAUAGAUUGUAAGGUUAAUUACUUCAGUAAAAAUUGACACAUUUACGAAAAUCUUAGAGGUAACUGUUCAAAAUUUUAGCACUUUUUGAGCACUAUUUUGAGAUGUUGAGCACUUUUUAGCCAUUUUUGCCAGCACUGUUUUAGGAUUUUACCAGCGCAAUCGGGAAAGGCCUAUAUAUAAAGUAUAGUGUUUUAUGUACUAUUUAAAACACGAGUAAGAGUGUUUUAUCAGAUAUACAGUGUGUAUAUACAAAAGAUAAUGCAAAUUUAAUUAAUCAACAAACUGUUAUGUAGCAGAAUUUACAUAAAUUCGUGUUCAUUUAAAGAGAUUUAAGCUCCUAUGCCUUCAACAUGUUGAACGAGAAGAAAUUCACGUUAAAUUUGCAUUUAAGUUUUCAGUGA